GCUUCAUCGCACCUGGUUAAGAAGAAGAGAAAAAGUGCUAUCGUGCGAGUAUAUGUUUCGUUCGUGAAGGAGAAGAACGCUUCGAGCGAACCCGCCCAUCUGUUGAAGAAAGGAAGAAACCAAAAAUUUGUUCACUCCAGUCUUCUUCCGGAGUAGAAGGAGAAGAAGAAGAAAUUUUAUUCUUCCUUUGCUUUUUCCGCCACCGAAUAAAAAUACUGAACGAACGCUCGCAAAUUCCCAAACCCCCCCAAGCUGCCGUCUUCAGUCACUUUUAUUCCAUCGGUGUAAUCAGUUGUGUGAUAUCACAUUCAGUUUCGAUUUGAAUUUGAUUUUAUUCUGUCCAAGUUCUCCGAGUGCGGGCUGAAUUUUGAGUGCCAGUGCAGUUCAGAGGCUAGUUUCACCUUUUUUGUGCGGAAGAUUUGAAUGGAUUGUAAUCGCCGCUGUGAUGUCUGAUGGAUCGUCUGCAACACAGAUCGGCGGAAUAAGCGACCGGGAAGUGGCCAUCGUCGAUAGUCUCGACAGCAUCACCACGACAAAUAGCGACGAGGACGACGGAAGUAGCGAUUGCAGCAGCAGUGACAUUGGCAGCAGUUACAUUUCGGAUCAGGACGAGGAGCCCAUUUCCAUCGUGACCAACAUCAGGCCAUCGCCGCUAUUUCAUCCGGAAGACGAGGAAGAAGAAGAAGCGGAAAUAGAGGAAAAGUCUCCGGCCGGAGGCAGGAUCGCCAAAGAUACCGGCUGUUGCCUCUACAGCGCCAUCACCGCCAUUUUCGUCAUGGUGGUUUUAAUCGGAAUCGUGUUGAUCGUUACCGGUCCCGUUCUGGGACUUUCCUUCCCGCCGCUUUUUCGAGCCAAUACUCCCGUCAUUCUGCCUCCCAUGGAACACAAUUACCUGACGGCCAAUUUCAGCGACGAAAUUCCAGCCGUCGAUGAAGACGUUCUCCAUUCAAACAACAAUCCCGAGGCGGAUUAUGCGGAGCAGUACGAUCCCGGCGAUGGAACUAAUAAUCAAACGGCCGAUUCUUUCGAAUACGCCGAUUAUCUGGAAGAUCAACCGCAGGCUAAUUUGACCGACUUCCUGGCCGCCACUCUCAACAAUUCGGCGGGAAUUUUUAACGAGUCGGUGAUCGAGGAUCUAGCCAAUUUGUCGCCGGAAGCGCUGCGCACCAAGUAUGUGGCUUACGUGCCUAUUCCGCUGAAAAUCGACGACGGCGAGGAGGAGCAGAGCGACUACCAGGAAGAAGACGUUGAAGACGCCAGCGUCAACGACAGGAGCGACAAUCAUUACAAUCAAGAAGAUGAUACUUACUACGAAGAAGAAAUGGCCACUCCGCGAUCCUCAUCCGCCGUCCGGCGACGUCCAACCAUCGAAAAGGUCCUGUUGCCCAUCGUCAUGGUCCCAGAGUCCAGCAACGUCGGAGAACAGCAACAUCGGACUCAAACGAGUCAAGGAUCGGAUUCUUGGCGAUCCAGCGAAUACUCGGAGGAUCGAUCUAGCAAUCCGCCGCGGAGAUUCGAUGGAGAGCAAAUGGAAAUCCGGGUGGAUAACGAGGAAGAUUUGACGUCGUCGCCUUCACUCCGCAUUCCCGGUUUGAAUUUCCCGCGUCGAGGUAACAAUCGACCCGAUCACGAUCGCAGGAGACGUCCAGGGAUCGAUUACCGGAUGUUUGGAUCUCCGCCUCAUCCGAACAACAGACGAAACAAGAGACCGAACCGCUUCCGUGAUCGCGAUCGUGAGCGAUUCCGCCCGAGGGACGAUUUCGGACGGACGACCAGUCUCCAUCCGCACAGGGUCCUGCCUCCGCCCAACCGAUCCCGUUCCAGGAACAAAAUCAACAGGCAGCGUGAAGUUGAGGGUCGUGAAGGCAAUCCGGCGCUGUACAUCCGCCCUCCGCCUAGACCUCGUCCCAGGGAGAACCAACAACCAAUCCGCCAGCGAGUCCAGCGACCUCCUUCCGUUCCGGAAUCCUGGGUGAACCGACAACGCACCAUCGAUCCUCCGGUGACUUCUACCAAACGGCCGGCGUAUUCUUAUCCUCGAGAUGCCAUGAGCAUCCAGGACAUCAUCAGUUACAUGACGUCAAUGAGCCACUCGAACGAGAAGACGACCAAAAAGCCAAACUUGACGCCAACCGGGCCGGACCACAGAACGGCCGUUUGGACCAACAGUCCGGAUUAUUAUUCAAAUAAUCAACGCGUCGGACAAUCUUAUCCUUCCGUCUUACCUCCGCCGCCUUCCAUGGGAAUAUCCAGCAGGGCUCACGACAGUUUACCGAUCGAAUCCCACACCAGAGGAGUGUCCAGCCCAGGAUCCAAUCCUUACUCGUUCAAGCUGGACGUCUACCCAAUCAGGGACAGUCUCCUAGGCGGUGGCAGUUCUUCCAGCAGUUCUUCUUCUUCCAAUUACGUUCCACCAGGCCCGUCCUACAAGCAGCAGAGUGUCUUACCGCCGCCCAGCUACCGCUACCGGCCCACGUCGUCCUACUACGAGAGCCGACAGCCGUCGGGCGAUUCUUCCGGUAGUCUGUCCGGUAUCGACUACAGUUACAAAAUCGCUUAUCGCCAAUCUGACAGAGACAAUUGGUCCUAUUCUUCCUAUUCCUCCUCGUCGGCAGAUCCUUACAAUUACCGGCGACGUCCCCAACAACACGGAAGCGGAUCACAGGAACAGUACCGAUACCGGGACAACGACGAUGAUGCUGAUAUGCCACUCCCGUUGGCUUAUCGGCCAAGACGACCGGAAGCAACUACUCCAAAGCCCAAACUGGUCGUCCACUUGAACGUCUUCAAUCAAAAAGGCGACCGCAACCGAUACGCCGACGAGCGUCGUGAUAGUCAAGAAGCGGAGGACGAUUACUAUUCGCCCAGUGACAUCUACCGUGCCGUCUUGAGGAACAAUGCGGCCAAAACGACUCACGAUCACGAAGCAGGUGGUGACGAUAGCCUCAUGCUGAGCGGCCAGAGCCGGAUCGACACUUUCUCUCAGCAUCAGAUGGAUCAGAAUGGAGGAGACAGUUCUUCCGGUUCUUCCUCAUCUUCAUCCAGCUCCAACUCGUACGACAAUCACAACAUGGCAGCCUCGUCUCCGACGGACCACUACUACAGGUCAAUGGGAACGAGAAGGUCGUCGUCGUCUCCGGCUGCUACUAAUGCGGCUAAUAAUUAUCGCAUCAGUCACCAGAGCCGGAAUUUCUAUCCGGCCAUUGAUGACGACGUUCCCGAGCCUCUGCCCAUGCCCAUGGCCGCCCAGCAAUCUGCGGAAGAAUCUGCCGACUCGGCGUUAUCCAGUUGCCUUACUUCUUAUUCCGGCGGGGUCAACUGCACACAGGGAUCGUCUGUUAUUCCGUCGGCGGAUCGAGUUAACAAUACCCAAACAGCGCCACUUGUUAUUAGUUGAUCAUUGACUGUGCCUGCCUAUUGAGGUCUAAUCGCUGAUUUUCUUUAUAACUGACCUUUUUGAUCGCAUCCGGAUGCGAAAUUGGAUAGUUUACCCGAUAACACAAAUGUACGGACCUUAUCAUUUCCAGUUCAGUUACAUAUAAUUUGCGUGUACAGAGUUUCGUCUAUUAACAUAGAGAUGUUGUAUGUCAAUCAUCAAAAGAGCCAUCAAAUUAACAUUAACCUCUACUCAAUGAUAAUACACUUAUUUAUUACA